AUGAUUGAAUUAACUGAGCCAAUUCGUUAAUAGAAUGAUUUGGAAUAUUACAAUAACAUUUUGUAACCAUUGAGGAAAGGGGUCUUUCAUUUAGAUUAAAGUAACUUUCAAAAAUAGAUUGAUAUAUUAAAAAAAAGAGUCAUUUAACUAAAUUCGAUUGGACCAACACCUAAAAUAAAAUAAGAAUUAGAUUAAAAAUUUAAAAACAAAGAAUAAAUAAUUUACUUAUUUUUUAAAAACGAGAACGUAGAAUUCGAAAAUUACAAAAGGGCUAAAAAAAUAUUAGAUGAAUUUCAACUGGAUAAUUACUAUUUACUGUUACCAAUAGGCAUAAGAAAUUUUGUUGCUAAAUUAUUAGGAAGAAAAACUCACGCAUUUGCUGUUAAAAAUGAAUAAUUUAAUAAAACCACAGCUUAAGUGGAAAUUACUUUAUUUAAAAAUGCUGAAGUUGUGAUAAGAAGAAACAUUGAUAAAACGAGAUAAAUAAUAAAUGGAUAAUUUGCAAAAAUUGUUGAAAUGAAUUUUGAUAUUGAUUAUCAGUCUAUUAAAACAAUGAGGUAAUUUAUCGUUAACAAAAAUGAUUACAUAAAAGAAAAUAAUUAUUAUGAUAUCUAUGGAAGUGUAAAGGAAUAAAAAAAAUAUACAUUUUCCAAACAAAUAUUUGAAGAAAUUUGUUAAAUUGGCAGUCAAAGAUUAAUUAACAACAUUAAUUUUUUGAUGGAAAAGGAUGUAUCAUAAGAAGAAAAAAUAAGUUUAUAUGAAAACAGGAUAAUGCCAAGAUUAUCAUAAAUUAAAUUAAAUAUUGAACAAAUAGGUAUCCAAGAUCUCAAUUUAUACCAAAAAAAAUUUAUAUAAAAAAUUAACAUAAAUAAAUCAGAAUUGGUAAGUGAGAUUUAAAUCGUUAUUGAGUAAGUGGAAUUAACGUUAUAAUAAUUGACAUUUUGUUCAGGUAAACCAAUAAAAUAAAGAUAAGAAAGUUUUUAUAAAUUCUUAAAAAAUAAUAAUCUGAUUAAAUUAUUCUAUAUUGAUAUAGUUACUUCUAGAUUUGGAUUAAACUAUUUAAAAGAUACUUUGUUCAACCUUAGAAAGUUAAUAGAAUACAUGCCAGAUUAACUUAUAGUAUACAUUCAUUAAAUUCCUAUAAAUUUAGGUUAUGCAAGAACAAUUCACACUUCAGCUCAACUAUAUAAAAUGUUGUAAUAGAUUUAGACAUGACAGAAUAAUAACAACAUGGCUUAUUAUACACAGCUAUGAGUAGAGCUAGAAAUAUCUAAAAUUUAUUUUUUUCUGGAAAAUUUGAAAGUGAUAAAUUUAUGAUAAAAGUAAAUGAAAACAUAGAUGAUUUUUUUUAAAAACAUUUUGUUGUAUGUGAAAAAUUUUUCUAAGACCAAUACUUGAAAAAGUUGUUAAACGAUGAGUUUGAUGAAGUGUGGAAAAAUCUACUAACUUAAGCUUAAGUUAUAAGGUAAAAAGCUAUGAACUAUAAAAAAUGA